AUGAAUAUGAAAUAUCAGAUUUAUAGAUUCCAUUCAUCUGCUGGACUUUCUAAAUUUCAUAGCGAUAAUGCAUCUGCUUUGCCAGCCUUGCCACAAAUCACUCUGCCUUUCCCUCCGGCGAUUCGUGCAAUUGAUAUUGCAAAAAAAAGAAUUCGCUCCAAGAUCUGCAAAAAAAGCCCAAAUGCUUUUUUUGUUUAUCGUAAAGCUUUCGUGGACCAUCUUUCAACUUUACAACAUAAACUGAAAAUGACUGAAGUAUCUAGGUUGGUCAGUUCUCACUGGAAAAAUGAAAAGCCUGAAGUUAAGCUAGCAUAUGAAAACAUCGCCAAGGAAGUCGAAAAAGAAUUAAAUGAUAUUAGGAUCAAAGACUUGGUUUAUGCUGAUAUUCACGAAAAAUGUAGAAGAAAAAGAAGAAAAAAUAUUGAAAAGCGUGCUCGUAGAUCAGCGGCUUCUCUUGAUUCCUUUGAUGCAUGUAAAAAUUUUGUGUCAACUAUUGAUUUUUCUAUUAAGGAUCCACCUGUUGAGUCAAAUAAUGCUCUAUCCUUCUGUCCAUUCACUGAUAAAGCGCUUCCGGAUUCUUACUCAGCAUUAAAUAAUACUAAUGCAUUCGAUGACAUUACUCAGUUUUACGAUGAUAAUGUUUUUAAUUACAUUUUUACCGAGCCUAAUAAUCCUAUUUGUGAAAGCAAUGUCGAAUCAAUUUUCGUUUAUGACACUAGUAUGAAUGCUAAUAUUUCCGCUACAUCACAAAUUGAUUCGUUCACAUUUCUUGUACCUGAGCAUCAUCCAGACAUCGCUUCACCAUAUGAUUCUGCAUCUGCAAGUCCAACAAUCUCUGAAUAUUCCGAUUUUUUUCCGCAAUUAACCGAAGAUUUUCAACCGUGCGAAUUUUAUCUUGAGAAUGCGUCGCAAGCCAUUAUUUGUUUAGACAAUAGUAUAAUUGGGGGAAUUCCUGAUUGUCUCUCAUAA